AUGGGCGCUGUCGCCCACCGCCCACGCCUGUCUCUGCGUGUCGCCCACCGCCCACGCCCGUCCAGGCUUGUCGCCCACCGCCCAAGUCUGAAUCCCACCGCCCACCCCCGUCUCUGCGUGUCGCCGACCGCCCACGCCUGUCUCUGCGUGUCGCCCACCGCCCACGCCUGUCUCUGCGUGUCGCCCACCGCCCAUCUCUGUCUCUGCGCGUCGCCCACCGCCCGCCCCUGUCUAUACGUGUCGCCCACCCCUGUCUCUGCGCGUCGCCCACCGUCCGCCCCUGUCUGUACGUGUCGCCCACCCCUGUCUCUGCGCAUCGCCCACCGCCCACCCCUGUCUCUGCGUGCCGCCCACCCCUGUCUCUGCGUGUCGCCCACCGCCUACCCUUGUCUCUGCGUGCCGCCCACCGCCCGCCCCUGUCUCUGCGUGUCGCCCACCGCCCGCCCCUGUCUCUGCGUGUCGCCCACCGCCCACCCCUGUCUCUGCGUGUCGCCCACCGCCCACGCCUGUCUCUGA